AUAUAAACAACAAAUUGUUGAAGAUCAUUUUGAAAAGAUUUGUAAAUAUUUUAAUGAUAAUAUAAAUUAUUUAUAUACAUUUAAUCUUGAUGAUUAUCAUUCAAUUCAUGAAAUACGUAGACCAGAUGAUACUUUUUUAUCUUCAACUAAACAUUUUGCAACAUGUACAGCUAAAAAAGUUGAUUUUUCAAUGCCUAUUUUAGCUAAUUAUAAUGAUAUUCCUUUAUUUAAUCCAAUUAAUAUUGAUGCUAAUAAUCUUUGUAAACGUUUAAACCAAAUAUAUAGCUCACUUUUUGAUAUAAGCUAUAAUAAUUCAAAGUCUCGAUGGAUAUCUUAUUCAACUCUUGAAUUAGAUAAAUUUGAAA